GACAACUCACAGAUCCCCACCGAUUCGCUAGAAGCCAUACGAAACCGUCUCAACCAGGUGCAUUUGUCGUUGAGAAAGUUGGCUGAACAAAUCAACCUCCACAACAGACAUCCCUAUAAAGUGAAAUUACCUAGUUAUGCCCACCUCCAGAACCAGUUCCAGGUGUUGAUCACCCAACUCAACUCCAUUGCUACUAAUCUCAGCAAUAACGAUGAAUUGCUCCGAAAUACCAAUGUCUAUCCUACUCCUCUCUUUCCUACUACACAACAGGAAGGUUUACUAACGACAUUAUUGAGAAAGAAACCGUUACCUGAAGUGGACGAAUGGAUGGACAGUGCUCUCAAAAAGGUUGAGGCUGAGAGAGGCUCGAGUUUACAGAAAGCUGAUGAAAUGGCACAGUGGUGUUUUGCCAAGGUUCAGGAGUUGAGAGAUGAAUUCCAGUUCUAUGGCUUCCAUACAGUAGAGGAGCUUGACUACAUGGAAACAGAAGAAGGAAAGAAGGAAACUCACGAGAAAAAACAACAGGAUCGAAUUGUAGAUGAUGCCGAGGCUAGGAUCACUGCUGGAGGUAAAAAGGGCUUGAGUCCUAACCAAGUGCUCAAGUUCAUGUGCACCGGAGUGCACUGA